AUGCAGUGGCCGUGGCCGCUGGCCGUCUCUCUUGCUGUGGUGUUGGCCGCGGGGCUGAGCAGAGUGUCUGGGGGUGCCGCCCUGCACUCGGGCGGGCACAGAGCCGAGGCCCAGGAGCAGCAGAGCCGGUCCAAGAGAGGCACUGAGGAUGACGAGGCCAGGGAGGUGCAGCAGUAUGUGCCCGAGGAGUGGGCCGAGUACCCGCGGCCCAUCCACCCUGCUGGCCUGCAGCCCACCCAGGCCCUGGUGGCCACCAGCCCCAACCCAGACAAGGACGGGGGCAGCCCAGGCGGCAGGCGGGAGCCUCGGGGCAAUCUGACGGGGACGCCGGGUCAGAGGCUGCAGAUUCAGAACCCCCUGUACCCGGUGACCGAGAGCUCCUACAGUGCCUAUGCCAUCAUGCUCCUGGCCCUGGUGCUGUUCGCUGUGGGCAUCGUGGGUAACCUGUCGGUCAUGUGCAUCGUGUGGCACAGCUACUACCUGAAGAGUGCCUGGAACUCUAUCCUCGCGAGCCUGGCCCUCUGGGAUUUUCUGGUCCUCUUUUUCUGCCUCCCUGUUGUUAUCUUCAAUGAGAUCACCAAGCAGAGGUUGCUGGGUGACGUUUCUUGCCGGGCCGUGCCCUUCAUGGAGGUCUCCUCCCUGGGAGUCACCACCUUCAGCCUCUGCGCCCUGGGCAUCGACCGCUUCCAUGUGGCCACCAGCACCCUGCCAAAGGUGAGGCCCAUCGAGCGGUGCCAGUCCAUCCUGGCCAAGCUGGCUGUCAUCUGGGUGGGCUCCAUGAUCCUGGCUGUGCCCGAGCUCCUGCUGUGGCAGCUGUCGCAGGAGCCUGCCCCCGCCACGGGCACUGUGGACUCCUGCAUCAUGAAACCCUCGGCCAGCCUGCCUGAGUCCCUCUACUCGCUGGUGAUGACCUACCAGAACGCCCGCAUGUGGUGGUACUUUGGCUGCUACUUUUGCCUGCCCAUCCUCUUCACGGUCACCUGCCAGCUGGUGACGUGGCGGGUGCGGAGCCCUCCCAGGAGGAAGCCGGAGUGCCGGGCAGGCAAACACGAGCAGUGCGAGAGCCAGCUCAACAGCACCGUGGUGGGCCUGACCGUGGUCUACGCCCUCUGCACCCUCCCCGAGAACGUCUGCAACAUCGUGGUGGCCUACCUGUCCACUGAGCUGACUCGCCAGACCCUGGACCUCCUGGGCCUCAUCAACCAGUUCUCCAUCUUCUUCAAGGGAGCCAUCACCCCCGUGCUCCUCCUGUGUAUCUGCAGGCCGCUGGGCCAGGCCUUCCUGGGCUGCUGCUGCUGCUGCUGUGCCGAGUGUGGUGGCGCCUCGGAGGCCUCAGCCGCCGGCGGCUCGGACAACAAGCUCAAGACCGAGCUGCCCUCCUCCAUCUACUUCCACAAGCCCAGGGAGUCGCCCCCGCUCCUGCCCCUGGGCACGCCUUGCUGA